AUGUCCUCUUCAUCUUCGAACAGUUCAUCAUCAACAGCAUCUGAUCCAUUAUUGAUACAAUGUCCACCUGGGAAAUCCAUCUAUUACAAAUUUAAAAACACACUCGUGAUGGGUCAUCAAGGAUUGAUUCAAUCAAAACGCGGUAGAAUGGACAAUGUGGAAACUCUAUUCGAGGGUAUCAUGAUUUUGACAUGUGCUUCUCGUGAGACGACACAAAAGAGUUUGGAGAUUUCUGGAAUUCAUGAAAGCACGAGUCGUGGCCCACUUUCUGUGGUCAUGAUGACAUUUGAAAGAGCUCAAUUUCUUCAAUACCAAGGAGGAAAGGGUUUGAAGAAAUAUCGUCAUUUGAUAUCAAGACAUGAUUUUACAAGUAAGAUGAAUGCUCAUCCCAUGUUGUUUGUCAUGUCGCCAAGCGGACAUAUUCACAGUUUGGUUUUUAAACAAUCUGAACUUCGUGAAAUGAGAUCUGUCAAGAAAGGUCUAUUGAGAAUGCUCACUACAGAGACUGUCAAAAUGUCGAGAGGUCAAACCGAUGGUUUUGGAGGAAAAUACUUUCAACGAUAUGAAAAAUCUCAUUCUUCUAAACACUUGACCAUUCUUCAAAAAUACUCCAAGAAGGAUUUUAUGCGAAUUCCAUUGACGAAAAGAAGAAUGCAAUAUGAAGGCAUGCACGUAGUGAACGUGUCUAAAGAAAAGCAUUUGGUUCAAUCUGCACAACUGAUCAUCAAGAUUCAUUUCAACCACAGAAAAAAUCAUCCAGCAUUCAGACAUUACGAAAAGAUUUCGAAAAUUCCAAACGAUUCCAAUCACAUGUCCUCUGAAAGUGGUCAAAUGGCUGUUCCGACUAAAGAUAUUGAAAGUUUAUCAGUGGGUCACCUUUCACUUCAAAAAAUUGUAGAUUCUACAAAGGUAGAUCAACAAGUAUCUGCAAUUGUGCUUGAAUUGGAAAAGAAUGGAAGAGGUGCAAAUUUGGGAUCAGAAUUUACUUUUGAGAAUACAUUUGGAUUGCACAAAGAUGAUUUACGUCACUUGUUAAACUCUCAGAAGAAACAUUUUUCAUACAAAUUGUUCAUGAGAUUAUUACAUGCAUUUAAAGAAAAUCCAAACAUUUCAAAAGAGUCUAACAUGGUUUUGGCAGCUAUUGUGAAACAUAGUCGUCUCCAUCCCAUCCAAGCAUCGAGAAUUCUGUUUAGAGAACUCAAGAAUGAAAUUCACAAACUUGUAAAAUACCAGCUCAGCAAAAAGGACAAAUUCAUUUCCAAGAAAUAUUGUGAGUUGUUACAGAAUGUAUUGGCAACCGUAAGAAGUGCCAAAGUUCAAAACAAGCUCGUUAAGUACUCAACCAUGCAUCCCUAUUUAGCUCAAAAUUACAUUUAUGCCUCUAUUGUAAUUGCAUUCCCAACAGAAUAUUCCUUUAAAUUAUUGCACACCCUUCAAUCAAAAGGACUCGUUCCGUUCUUCAAAAGAAUUGGCAAGAACAUCUCCAAGGAAGAGAACGAAAAAGUGAAGCGAGCAGCGUUUCUAACCUAUUCAGAUCUGGCGUCUCGUCUCAGAGAUGUCCGUUUAUCUGAGAAAAUUGUGAAAGACAUUAUUCAGAGAAUUACUUCCAACACGAAAAGAGAUGUUGAAGAAUUGACCACUUGUAUCCAUGCUUUGAACAAUGCAGGAAAAGCAGUGCCUAUGGGAGUUCUUUACACCUAUUUGGCCAAUGAUAAAAUUCCAGAUUCAAUUAAGGUCAUGCUCGCAGACAAUUUAAAGAAACGACUACACGACGAUCCAUUCAUUGAUCAACUUGUAAGAGACAUUGUAUCUAGCCCUGACACUUCAUCUCUUGUGAAAGCCACUUACAUUCACGCUCAAACAGAGAGAGAAAAAACAUUAAGAACUGCCUCUCAUGUCAAGUAUUUUUCAAAAAUUCAUGAAAGAACAUCGUGUGAAGAAACCAAGAAUGCGAUUCGAAGAUAUUUAUAUACGGUUGGCACAGAGGAGUCAGGAGAUGCGCUUUCAAAAGCUUUGAAAUUAAGCACAAAACAAAACUCUUCUUCCAGAAAGAAGAAUGAACAUUCCAACAACUCGGAAGACGAAGACAUUCAUAUGGAUGGCGAAAUUUUGGACUUGUUAAACGAAGAAGAACAUGCACAAACAUUGGGAAGAUUCCGUUCCAGAUUCUUUAGAAAUAUCUUUCAUCGAGUGAGAUCAGCUGUUGCCAAGCUUCGUUCCAUUCGACGACACAUUCACAAACAUUUCCAUCACUCAAUUCGAAAACAUUUUGUGAGAGUUGGUAAACGAGUGAUCCGAAUGAUUGGAAGAAAAUUAUUUAAAUCGAUUGGAAGAUUUAUUAGACGAGUGAAACGUUUGAGAUCGCGUCACAAGCCCUCACAAAGACAACGGAAAAAGUGUGACUUGAAAUGCUUUUUAAUCAAGCUAGGAAAAGGAAUCAAACGUGGAAUUGUCAAGUUAGGUAGAUCCUUACAAAAAGCUGCCAAGAAAGUAGGGCGAGUGGUUAAGGUCUUUGUAAAAUUUGCAAAACAAAUUGUCCACAGUGCCAAAGAAAUGGUCGAAACUGCCAAAAAGAUCAAACUUGCAUUUUCCAAGCCAACAAAUUUCAAAAGAGAACGCGUAUGUGUCGAUGUGAAUGUGAAACAUGAAAAGAUUUGUACCGCAGAUCCUUCCAUGUUAAAUUUUAUUCGAAAACAAGGAGCUCUUAACAAGAUUAGAAAGAGCAAGGGAUUUCUGUAUGAAACUGUUCAAGGAUAUUCUCCUUCUCAUGUCUAUGCUGGCUUAAUGAUUUAUUCUGGUGCUACCUUUGAAUGUGGUGACGUUUCCAAAUUCGAUUUUGUUUUACUUGCCCGAGUUAGUAUCAAUGCAGUCUUUGGAGGUCAAGAAUUUUCAGUAUUCGAAGGAAGAGGAGAAUUCACAAAGAGACCCAAUCAACCUGUGCAUGAUAAUCUAUUUUUCAAAAUGUUCUUUGUCACCAUUUACAACGAAGGAUUAGUGCCCAAUGACAUUAAGGACAAGGAAGACGCCUGUUUCACUUCCCCUUCUCAUAAUCUCUUCCAAAAACAAGCGGCAGAACCAAAAAUUCCAAUUCAAGUCUUUGCUGGACCUGUUCCAUUGAGUUUUGCUUUUUAUGCCACCAUUACAGUUGGUGUUGAUCUAAGUUAUGGUCUAUGUCCAAAUCGAAUUUCAGCAUCAGUCUCUCUAGAACCUUUUGUAGCCAUCAGUUUGGGAGGAAGAGCAGGUAUAGGAGUUGCUGCUUUAAGCGCUGGAGUUUUUGUUGAAGCAACCAUUACUUACAAAUUUAUUCCAAGAAUUGCUAUUGAAAAUUGUAAUGUUUGUAUCAUGUUAUUACAUGGAUUGGAACCGUUAGAAUUUAAGGGUGGACUGUUCGUGGCGUUACCACAACAAACUGUGAAAUUACCAUUACCAAGUAUUAAGAUCAAUGCCACCAAGUUCCGUAAAAAGUUAGCUCAAAUAUGUAUUCCCAUUGAAGGAAAUGCUCGUGGAAAACCAAUUUUCAAGCUGUUACCGUCAUCGAGAUCAGAAAGUAGAAAGAAUAUUUCUCUUCCAAGAAAUCGACAAAUUGCAUUCCAUCCUCAUGAAGGUGGAUCAUAUCAACAUGAUCAAAACAACAAGAAAAGAGGAAGAAGAAAGACACAAUAUUUCAAGAGGCCAUCCGCUCCAAAAGGAUUCAGACUUCCGUCCUCCAAACUUGCUCAAAUAUGGAAACACCUCCCAGUCAUGUCUGCACGUAAGCUUCAGAAAUUCGCAAGAAAAGAUGGUCACAAAAUGUGGGCAAAGACUAUUACCAAGUACCGAAAUCAAUUUGGUCCUGGAGCUCAAAAAAUCAAAGCUCCCUCGUUUAAAAAACCAAGUAAGCAAUCGUUGGCUCCUCCAGUGUUGACUCCACAACAACAAGCUUGGUCCACUCAAUUUUUAAAGAAACAUGUUCCUCGAACGGUGAUCCAAAAAUUAGGAUUUGAAAAAUUGAGACACGUUCCAAAAGAUUAUUUCGCUAUUAAGAAACAAGAUCGAAGAAAAAUUCCUUAUCAAUUUUUACAAAUGCCUUCACAUGAAUUGAAAGCAUUUAUUGCGGAUUUACCAAAGACAUUCAUGAAAAAGAAACCGUUGGUGAUUUCAAGAAGAGACCAAACGAAAAUUUGGUCCAAGGAAGAAUUGAACAAACGAUUGACGAGUGAUGUCGUGAAAAACGUGGAAUUGAAAUACUUGAGACAUCUUCCCGAGCCAAUUUUGAGAAUUAGAAAACCAAUCAUUUCCAAAAUUCCUUACUAUGUAUUCAAAAAGGGAACCAGAGAAAUUGUUUCUUGGGUCUGUGAACAUUAUUAUCGCUUGUGUAAAAAAUUGGUCGAUGAUCUUUUGGACACUGAUAAUUUGGAUUUCACAUUCAUGAUUCAAAAAUUCAAAAAGAUCAAGCGUCAUGUCAAGAUUACCAAUCAUAGUAAUUCAACCAUCAAAAAGAAGAAACUUGUUUCUAAAAACAAGAAUGCCAAUCGAAUGAAAUCUUACAAACUCAAGCCAGUGACACAAGGCAAACGAAGAAUAGGAAGCAGACACAGAAAAGCAGAAAUCAGACAACGCAUGAAAACAAUUGACAAACGAAUAAUGCAACAAGUAAUUCAAAAAGGAUCUUCGUUUAACGAGAGAAAGGACCAAACAUACCGUACCUCUCAGGCUCCGUCCCAACAAAAAUUCAAUCCAAAAGCAACAACUCCUAUUCAUGUAAAAUCUGAAUCCAUGACUAUUUCGAUUUCAAUUCCCAAAGAUCUCAAAUUCAACACCACUCAACCAAACAUCCACUUGGAACAUGCUAUGCCAAUUAAAAUAGAUCCACCAAUCAUAGAACCGAAAGAACAACAGAAAAGGAUGAUUGAAAAAGAAACACACAUUGUUGAUCGUGGACAGGAAAUUGAUGAACUGUUUUCCAAGAAAUAA